UGGACCUCCAAUGAUUGCUCAAUUCCUAUCUGUCGUUAUGAUUGUCAUGGUCAUGGAAAAUGCGUGUCCAGAAACGAAUGCCAGUGCAAUGAAGGGUGGACCGGUUGUCGGAAUGAUACUUGCGCUCAUGGUGAAUGUGUCUCAUCAAGAUGCGAAUGUGAGUAUGGUUGGAGAGGAUCACGGUCGGAUGCAGAGAAAGAGAGUGUUACAUUCUAGGAUUGCUCAGUAUGUCGUGGACCUUUAUGUCACAGCUGCGAUUUUGACUGCGUACAUGGAACUUGUGAGAAAGAAACAAGGACCUGCUCCUGUGCUCGCGGCUGGUCAGGCGCUGCAUGCGAUGUUUGUCGCUCGGGAAAUUGUC